UCGCAACACAAAACCUUAACCUAGGCAGACUGCUGCGUCAGAACUUUGAUAAUAGCGGCAUGGAAAGUACUACUGAAUCGAGCGCAUGGAUCGCCGUUGCAGUGUUUUCAAGUUGUUCCUUUCUUGUUAUAUGCUAUGUUACAGUGUUAUUCAGGAAGAAACUGCAGUCGUUGAAAUCAUUGAGUCAGUGUCCUGGUCCUAAACCAGUCCUUCUGUUCGGAAAUGCUUUGCAAUUUAAGCGUGACAAUGCAGAAUUCUAUGACCAGAUCAUGCAGUGGUCCAAAGAAAAUUGGAGCAAAGGCAUGUUUUGUAUGUGGUUUGGUCCAUUUCAUUCAAUGGUUGUGAUCUUCAAGCCAGAACUUGUGGAGACGAUACUUAGCAGCAAUCGGCAAAUUACGAAGUCAUUGGAGUAUAAUUUGCUUGAACCAUGGCUGGGGACAGGUCUUCUCUUGAGGUAAUUUUUUCAAAAAGAAAACAGCGUAUUUGAAGCUAAAUAGAUUCAACCUCUAAACAAUUGUAAAGCUGAAGUAACUUGUUCUUCAAGUGGAACUAUUGGUAGGGCUGGAAGGGUGCAGGUAGGCAAGUAUGAAGAGUACAAGUAGGGAGGUAUGAAGGGUACAGGUAGGCAGGU